AUGGACGAGAACAACAAGCAUUAUGUAAUUGUGCAACGCAGAUGUGUCUUUGAUCCCAAGUAGGCCUUGGGUUUGGGAAUGCUGCACAUGUAGGCCAGCUGAGGAGUGUUUGUUGAGUCAAGAAAAACCAUCUGUUUAACUAAUAGCCUUUCAGCUGUUUAAACACAAUUCUAACUAUACAAAUGACAACUGUUUACCCCAGUCUGCAUAACUAUUUUCAACCUCUCCUCUUUUAGCUGAGUGGAUUUUGCAGUCUGCCUCAAAGCCACUAUAUAUUUUAAAAACAUUUAGGCCUUUUAGUGGUGUGGUUGCUUCAGUUGAUUCACUAUUGAGGGCAUGCUUGGCAGUUCCAUGUAAUCUAAAUUCCUUGCAUUCCUGCUCACAUCACCACCCUGUGCAGUUCAAGAAGCAGAGAAUGUGUGAUGAUGCUAGCUUCCUUCAUGCACACACACACACACACACACACACACACACACACACACACGUUUGUUUUACUGACUUUGUGGGGAUCUAACCCAAACCCUAAUUGUACCCCUAAACCUAACCCAUAAGCCUUUUUCCUUGUGGGGACCUGCGAAAUGUCCCCACUUGUAUGAAUUUUCCUUGUUUUACUAUCCUUGUGUGCACUUCUGGUCCCCACAAGGAUAGUAAAAACACAUACACACACACACACACACAUUCCAUAUUAGACCCUUAUGGAUUUAGGGUCUACAACAUUUUCGAUGGGACUCGUAGGAUCCAUGUCCUCCUGUAUCAAGUUGGGUCAUUUGUUAUAAUACAUUUAUAACGUGGAAUUGUUACUCUCACACAAACAUGCCAUCGUUCUACUGUGCAUGGCUUGUUUUCAACACCUGUACAGCCUGUAACUCUUCAAAUGUGAUGUUUUACUUUCCAUAUAUGGACAUCGUGGUUUCAACAGUCUAGACUGCUGUAUGCAAAUAUGUCAGCAGGAAACAGGAAGUGUAUCACAGCUAGAGCACCAGAGAAAUUAGCUGACAAGAAUUAUCUUGGUAGAAUACAAUGGAAUGGGUCUGGCAAAAAAAGCUACAUUAAGCUUAAACCAUAGAAGAUUGUAGCUAUGGUUAACUCUUCAGUUUGUGCCUUAAAAACUGUACUACCAGUAGUUGUGGAAGUCAAUGUUUGAAAUGUCACAUUUCUGUGUUGGCUGGUCCUGCAUGAAAUGUGUAAACUGAAGUGAAAUAAUAAUAUUAUGAUCAGCCUAUGUUUACCUAAGUUACGAUAGCCUUAUCCAUACCACCCCAGUUUCAUAUGCAUCUGCGAUUAUACCCGGUUGUUAAUGAUUAAUUACACAUCUUUACUCAGUGUUUCUAAUUUCAAAGUCAUUCUCUUGUCUUUAGGGAGAAGGUGCUCGUGCCGUCCCUCUAGCCGGCCAUGUCGGCUUUGAUAGCAUGCCCGACCAGCUGGUCAACAAGUCUGUCAACCACGGCUUCUGCUUCAACAUCCUCUGUGUUGGUGAGUGUGUCAUGCGUAAAACCUCCCUUUUUUUCUCCUGAAGGCAAAAUGGGAGCCCUUCUCUGCCGCAAUGUAGGCCUAUGUCAGGCGUUUCCACUGUAGAUGCAAACCCAAUCCAUUCUGUCUUUGACCCACUUUGGUUGCUUCUCACUGGUCAGUAGUCAACUCUGAUUACCGUAGCUAAUUCAUCUUCCGUCAGUCAAGCUAUCGUCUGGGACUGCGCGUAGAAAUGAAGCCCCUAAAAUGAUUCCAGUCAAGUGUAAUUCUGCAUCUCCCCCCAAUAAUUUCAAAGCAAUAGACAAUAGACAUGCGUGUAGUCCCCUGUAGCUCAGUUGUUAGAGCACGGUGCUUGCAAUGCCAGGGUUGUGGGUUCGUUUCCCACGGGGGGGGGGGCAGUAUGAAAAUGAAUGCACUCACUAACUGUAAGUCGCUCUGGAUAAGAGCGUCUGCUGAAAUGACUUAAAAUGUAAAUGUAUAUUUCACUCCCUAUAUUACAGGAUCUCAGAAUGAAAUGCGUAUGCCAUAGGCCUCAUUUUGAGGCUGUAUACAACUUAGCUGAAUGGUAUUUGGGCAUCAUUGACAGAUAGUUUUCAUAUUUAUCUAUUAUGGUGAAAUGGUCUGGUUAUGAAGCAUGUUGUCUUUAAGCCUUAUUUUGAUUUACAGUGGUUUGUGAAAGUAUUCACCCCCCUUGGCAUUUUUCCUAUUUUGUUGCCUUACAACCUGGAGUUAAAAUGGAUUUUGGGGGGGGUUGUAUCAUUUGAUUUACACAACAUGCCUAUCACUUUGAAGAUGCAAAAUAUUUUUUGGGGUGAAACAAACAAGAAAUAAGACAAAAAAACAGAACUUGAGCGUGCAUAACUAUUCACCCCCCCCAAAGUCAAUACUUUGUAGAGCCACCUUUUGCAGCAAUUACAGGUGCAAGUCUCUUGGGGUAUGUCUCUAUAAGCUUGGCACAUCUAGCCUCUGGGAUUUUUGCCCAUUCUUCAAGGCAAAACUGCUCCAGCUCCUUCAAGUUGUACAGCAAUCUUUGUCAUACCACAGAUUCUCAAUUGGAUUGAUGGUCUGGGCUUUGACUAGGCCGUUCCAAGACAUUUAAAUGUUUCCCCUUAAACCACUCAAGUGUUGCUUUAGCAGUAUGCUUAGGGUAAUUGUACUGCUGGAAGGUGAACCUCCGUCCCAGUCUCAAAUCUCUGGAAAACUGAAACAGGUUUCCCUCAAUAAUUUCCCUGUAUUUAGCGCCUUCAAUUCUGACCAGUUUCCCAGUCCCUGCUGAUAAAAAAACAUCCCCACAGCAUGAUGCUGCCACCACCAUGCUUCACUUUGGGGAUGGUGUUCUCGGGGUGAUGAGAGGUGUUGGGUUUGCGCCAGACAUAGCGUUUUCCUUGAUGGCCAAAAAGCUCAAUUUUAGUCUCUUUAGUACCUUCUUCCAUAUGUUUGGGGAGUCUCCCACAUGGCUUUUGGCGAACACCAAACGUGUUUGCUUAUUUUUUUCUUUAAGCAAUGGCUUUUUUCUGGCCACUCUUCGGUAAAGCCCAGCUCUGUGGAGUGUACGGCUUAAAGUGGUCCUAUGGACAGAUACUCCAAUCUCCGCUGUGGAGCUUUGCAGCUCCUUCAGGGAUAUCUUUGGUCUCUUUGUUGCCUCUGAUUAAUGCCCUCCUUGCCUGGUCUGUGAGUUUUGGUGGGCGGCCCUUUCUUGGCAGGUUUGUUGUGGUGCCAUAUUCUUUCAAAUUUUUUUAUAAUGGAUUUAAUGGUGCUCCGUGGGAUGUUCAAAGUUUCUGAUAUUUUUUUAUAACCCAACCCUGAUCUGUACUUCUCCACAACUUUGUCCCUGACCUGUUUGGAGAGCUCCUUGGUCUUCAUGGUGUCGCUUGCUUGGUGGUGCCCCUUGCUUAGUGGUGUUGCAGACUCUGGGGCCUUUCAGAACAGGUGUAUAUAUACUGAGAUCAUGUGACACCUAGAUUGCACACAGGUGGACUUUAUUUAACUAAUGAUGUGACUUCUGACGGUAAUUGGUUGCACCAGAUCUUAUUUAGGGGCUUCAUAGCAAAGGGGGUGAAUACAUAUGCAUGCACCACUUUUCCAUUAUUUAUUUUUUAGACGUUUUUGAAACAAGUUAUUAUUUUCACUUCACCAAUUUGGACUAUUUUGUGUAUGUCCAUUACAUGAAAUCCAAAUAAAAAUCCAUUUAAAUUACAGGUUGUAAUGCAACAAAAUAGGAAAAACGCCAAGGGGGAUGAAUACAUUUGCAAGGCACUGUAUAUGUUUAAACCAAAUGGUCCAUUUUGUAAAUUUUGUUGAAAGUAGGAAACAGAAUACAAUCCCCUCUCCAUUUUACACACUCUGAAUUACUAGAAAGCUAUCCGUGGCAAUCAAAACAUUCCAAAGCAAUGGCAGAAGCCAAAUGAACCUCUAUUAUUACAGCCUACUCUAAAGUCAGAGAAAGCAAAACAGUUGUAAACUGCACAGGCCUACAGCUCAAAGCCCAGAAAUGCGAUCCGGAGGCUUGUGGUUGUGGUCUAAACAAAACAGCAAGAACUGAAUUGAGAGCAAAAAAAAUUCUGCUGUAGUACAUCCCCAUUAGGAUUCAUCAUAACUGCUGUUUUUCUUCACAAUACUUAGAUUUUAAAAAAAUGCGUUUUGCUGGUACGUUCAAAUGUAAACCUUUUGAUGUCAGGACCCCAUCUUUAGCAUGAGGUUCAGCAUGGGUCCCUACCAAGCGAGAUGCUCAUAGCUUUGUUCAGCCCUGACAAGUUUCCAUAAGGAUGAUGGGAGACCACAGAAACCUCUCGACAAAGUCCUGAGGUAGACUCUCUCUCUCUCUCAGACACAGGCACUGUGCUGUUCCAUUCUAUCCCCCGUUUACUAUUUAGUGUGCACUCAGAGUGAAACCCUGAUGCGCUGUGAAUAGAAGGCUACUGGCGUUGGCAGUGUACCGCUCUGCUUGCUCCGUGUGUAAAUGUGGUGUCAGAUGAACAGAAAUAGGCCUAGGUCUGCAUCCCAAAUGGCUCCCUAUAUAGUGAACUACUUUUGACCCAAAACAUUUUCUGGCACUGGGAGAGGAAGGCAGCUGACUCACUCGACUGAUAGCUUCGAACAGUAUGAGUUUGUCAGAACGCAUCAGGACAUCCGUGACUCAGACCCUUGCUGCCCUUUUUUUCCAUGGUCUGCUCCAGAUAUCAACCAUGGUGAACAUAGGAUUAGCUUGUUGUUGCGCUGCCCUGCUUCAAGAUGUCACAUUCAAUGUAGUUCCUCUUAAAGGCAGCCAAGUUAUUAAACGUUUCUACGGCGUAUCUUUUUUUUUAUUCCAUUGAAAAGCUCCUCUCCUGCCAAAAGCAGCAGAGAAGCCAGAGGGAGGGGUUCACACGCCAAAUUUAUGAAGAUGUGAAAAAUGGGAAGUGUCCAUAUAAUGUACAUUCUGGUGGCAUAGAGAGAUCUGCUCUGCAGCCCGAGUCCAGAUUGUAGAACUGUAGUCUUUUCAACAGGGAUGUACAGUACUAAAUCCAUGUAAUGUACAGUAUGCAUGCACAGUAUGUAAUGUGCCUUUUAAGCCCACAUUUAUUCGGACAAUGGCCCAAUCUGGGAUAUUCCCUGAUGUUCAAUGGCCAUUUCCAUUAAUGAUAUAAUGUAGCCUAUACCCAUUGAUUCUUGGAGAAUAUAGCUUAUAAAUGCCCAAUGAGCUUAGUACAACUAUCUCACACAAACUCAAAGUCCAGAUACAGAGUCCACAGAAAAAGGACACAAUAGUGAAUUAACUGAAGAUGUGUGUUUUAGGGGAAACGGGCCUCGGCAAGUCCACUCUUAUGGACACCCUGUUCAACACCAAGUUCGAGGGCGAGCCCACCCAGCACAACCAGCCGGGCGUGCAGCUCAAGUCCAACACCUACGAGCUCCAGGAGAGCAACGUGCGCCUCAAGCUGACCGUGGUCAACACUGUGGGCUUCGGAGACCAGAUUAACAAAGAGGACAGGUGAGAGACAAUGAUGUAGAUAAACAUAUGAAUAUACUGUGUGUGUGUGUGUGUGUGUGUGUGUGUGUGUGUGUGUGUGCAUGUAUGACUUUGGUAAGAGAGCCCCAGGUUCCUCUUCAUGUGUCUAAGAGAUGUUUAGAUUGUACAAUAACUUAUGGGUCGCAUUCAUUAGGCACAAAACAGAAGAAAACGAAUGAAUACGAUCCUGGUGUUUAUAUACCGCUACCAAGAAUAUGUUAUCUUUCACGGCAUUGAUCGUUUGUGAAUGUCACUCAUUAAUUGUGCAUGCUUGAGAUGCCCCCCUAUGAAGUGUGGACUUGAGGUCGCCCCCUCUGGAGUCUAGUAGAACAUCAGGGACCACUCUUAUUAUCCCACUCCCAUACCUUUAUGAAAACAGACAAUAGAAAUAUCAGCAGUCUGACACUUGAGCCAGGAGUCUUCAGGGCUAAAUCAUACUGUUUUGUCUGUGGGGAAAGGAGGACUGCUCUACCUGUCACUUUUCCCCACUGAUGGAAGCAUUCUAGUCAACAUGGGAUCUAAUUGUCUCCACUCUCUCUCCCUCCUGUCAUGUGAUCCUCAUUCCUCGUCAUGAGAGAUCACAGAGAGAGGAUUGGAUGAUGUCAUGUGAGCGCCAGUGUGAGCUAAGGGCUAGCAGUUAGUGGCAUCCAUCCCAAGUUCUGCCUGAUGACUCCCAGCUAAUGAGACCCAGCUCAGCUGAAUGAGGGAUCAGCAGGUUCCUUAUAGGGAGCUAGCUACCUCUCAUUGACUACACUCUGGGAUGAAAAAACAAACUGGCUUUAAUCUCUCACUUAAGAGAUGCUUUACAACACCUUCUGAUAUUAUAUGGUGGUGGAACUGUCUUGAUUUUGAGUGAGACAUUUUUAAAAAGGCAAAGGGAUAGCUACCUUUGAACCCUUCAUAGACAAUAGUAAGAUACUUUCUCUUUUAGGUGCUCCGCUGUCAUAAACCUAGUUUCCUUAUUACCUGUUUAUCAUGCGUUUAUAACACAUUAAUAACCCAUUUAAGUUUUUCUCUCCUCAGCUACAAGUCUAUUGUGGAGUUUAUCGACACCCAGUUCGAGGCCUAUCUGCAGGAGGAGCUGAAAAUCAAGCGCACGUUACACAGCUACCACGACACUCGCAUCCACGCCUGCCUGUACUUCAUCGCGCCCACCGGACACUCCCUCAAGUCCCUGGACCUGGUCACUAUGAAGAAACUGGACAGCAAGGUGAGCUGCGACGCUAGCUAAUUACACUAUGAUUCCAAUGGAUCAGUGGGUUAAAUUCCUGCAUGGGCCAGAUAUAGUAUACUAAGUUGGCCUAUAUGUGUCACUGUCAAUGUUGGCUUCUCUGUAAGUCACUUUGGCUAAAGAUAUCUGCUAAAUUACCAUAUUACGCGAUCCAUUUAUUGAACUCUGCUGAUUUUGAAGUGUCACUUGAAAAGCAGUCUCCCUAAUAUGAUGGGAACCUCAGUCGAAGAGUCAUAUUUUUGUCAUAGCUAUUUAUAAAAUGCAGGGGGGGAAAGAGAGAGCUCUCUAGCCUCAAGACGAUGUCAAUAUGUAGAUGCAAGGCAUCAUCGAUGUCGUCACAGAGCACUUCAUCAUCAUUUCACGGUGGCUCAUAAACUAUUUCCACACACUUUGCACGCUCACAGAUGCGCUCCUGUCCUGUGACAGCGUCGGUGUAGGUCAGCCGUAAAACGCAGGCCCUUGAUCGUCACGGUGACCGCUCACUCAAUUUUCCUAAUGCCACCUCAAAAAGCCCUAUUUGCAUAGAGACUUCCUGGAUUUUGAAGAAAGGGGCUCCUCAGUGUUUGCCAGAGCAGCUGUAUCCUACCCACCUCUCAGUCUCUCACAACAGUGUGAUCUUUGAUCCAGAGCAGAAGCCUCCCUGUGUAUACAUCACACAGCUCUUAGCAUCAGCCCAGCAUCAUAGCUACUAGCGACUGUAAAGCCCUCUAUAGGGGUGUCCAAGGGCCAAUGCUAGUGGAUGGCGUUUGAGGCUGGCCAAAGUGAGUGAAAAAAAAGUUGGUUGCGUAGGAGGAAGUGCAGUGUCUCUUGAGUUUAUGGGCGACAAGUGGUGGUGGGUGGAUGUUUGACAAAGACCCCCCUGCCUCCUUGUGCCUCUUCAGUCAUGUGGGCUCCAUUGAAGCGGAUAUUUGGACAUACUGUAUCUCUUCCCUCCCUCUCUUCAUGUUCUGCUUCUGUUUGCACCAAACAUGGGGGCUGGAGGUAGUGUUUCUUCUGAGCUAGCUGGAUCAGUAGGCUCUCAUCAUUAACAAUGUGUUUGGAGAGCUCUUCACGAGAUGGAGCAUGCGUUGGAGGUUCACUAGUACUACUCUCUCUUACUGCUCUGCGCUACCAGUUAAAAAAAAAAAUCUUUACUUCGUUCCAAGCUCUGAUUAUGUCGGAAAUGCACAUACAGUGGGGAAAAAAAGUAUUUAGUCAGCCACCAAUUGUGCAAGUUCUCCCACUUAAAAAGAUGAGAGAGGCCUGUCAUUUUCAUCAUAGGUACACGUCAACUAUGACAGACAAAUUGAGGAAAAAAAAUCCAGAAAAUCACAUUGUAGGAUUUUUAAUGAAUUUAUUUGCAAAUUAUGGUGGAAAAUAAGUAUUUGGUCACCUACAAACAAGCAACAUUUCUGGCUCUCACAGACCUGUAACUUAUUCUUUAAGAAGCUCCUCUGUCCUCCACUCGUUACCUGUAUUAAUGGCACCUGUUUGAACUUGUUAUCAGUAUAAAAGACACCUGUCCACAACCUCAAACAGUCACACUCCAAACUCCACUAUGGUCAAGACCAAAGAGCUGUCAAAGGACACCAGAAACAAAAUUGUAGACCUGCACCAGGCUGGGAAGACUGAAUCUGCAAUAGGUAAGCAGCUUGGUUAGAAGAAAUCAACUGUGGGAGCAAUUAUUAGGAAAUGGAAGACAUACAAGACCACUGAUAAUCUCCCUCGAUCUGGGGCUCCACGCAAGAUCUCACCCCGUGGGGUCAAAAUGAUCACAAGAACGGUGAGCAAAAAUCCCAGAACCACACGGGGGGACCUAGUGAAUGACCUGCAGAGAGCUGGGACCAAAGUAACAAAGCCUACCAUCAGUAACACACUACUCCGCCAGGGACUCAAAUCCUGCAUUGCCAGACGUGUCCCCCUGCUUAAGCCAGUACAUGUCCAGGCCCGUCUGAAGUUUGCUAGAGUGCAUUUGGAUGAUCCAGAAGAGGAUUGGGAGAAUGUCAUAUGGUCAGAUGAAACCAAAAUAUAACUUUUUGGUAAAAACUCAACUCAUCGUGUUUGGAGGACAAAGAAUGCUGAGUUGCAUCCAAAGAACACCAUACCUACUGUGAAGCAUGGGGGUGGAAACUUCAUGCUUUGGGGCUGUUUUUCUGCAAAGGGACCAGGACGACUGAUCCGUGUAAAGGAAAGAAUGAAUGGGGCAAUGUAUCGUGAGAUUUUGAGUGAAAACCUCCUUCCAUCAGCAAGGGCAUUGAAGAUGAAACGUGGCUGGGUCUUUUAGCAUGACAAUGAUCCCAAACACACCUCCCGGGCAACGAAGGAGUGGCUUCGUAAUAAGCAUUUCAAGGUCCUGGAGUGGCCUAGCCAGUCUCCAGAUCUCAACCCCAUAGAAAAUCUUUGGAGGGAGUUGAAAGUCCGUGUUGCCCAGCGACAGCCCCAAAACAUCACUGCUCUAGAGGAGAUCUGCAUGGAGGAAUGGGCCAAAAUACCAGCAACAGUGUGUGAAAACCUUGUGAAGACUUACAGAAAACGUUUGACCUGUGUCAUUGCCAACAAGGGGUAUAUAACAAAGUAUUGAGAAACUUUUGUUAUUGACCAAAUACUUAUUUUCCACAAUAAUUUGCAAAUAAAUUUAUAAAAAAUCCUACAAUGUGAUUUUCUGGAAUUUCUUUUCUCAUUUUGUCUGUCAUAGUUGACAUGUACCUAUGAUGAAAAUUACAGGCCUCUCUCAUCUUUUUAAGUGGGAGAACUUGCACAAUUGGUGGCUGACUAAAUACUUUUUUCCCCCACUGUAGAUGGGCCCGAAUUGAAAAUGCACAAACAUUCCUGAAGCUAGUAGAGACUAGAGGUGUUCAGAUUUAAAAAGACAAGCUACAUUUUUUUUUUCCGUAUCCGGCUAGAUGAUAUCCCUGCUUUUGACCAAGGCACAAGGCAUCCAGAGAAACGUAAGGAAGGGAGGGUAGGCCCAGAUCUCAGGGUCUAUUUAUAUCCUGUCUUGGCCAGAUGUUCCCCACGUUUAGCUAGCUAGCUGUGAUGUCCUGGCUGCAUAAGAGAUGCUCGCAAAUACUUAUAUGCCUCAUUAAAAUGCAAAUCAAUUUAUAACAUUUUUGACAUGUGUUUUUCUGGAUUUUUGUUGUUGUUAUUCUGUCUCUCACUGUUCAAAUAAACCUACCAUUAAAAUUAUAGACUGAUCAUUUCUUUGUCAGUGGGCAAACGUACAAAAUCAGCAGGGGAUCAAAUACUUUUUUCCCUCACUGUACAUAUUACCUCAAUUACCUCGACUAACCGGUGCCUCCACAUAUUGACUCUGUACCGGUACCCCCUGUAUAUAGCCUCCUUACUGUUAUUUUAUUUUACUGCUGCUCUUUAAUUAUUUGUUUUUUACUUAUCUAUUUUUUACUUAACAUUUAUUUUUCUUAAAACUGCAUUGUUGGUUAAGGGCUUGUAAGUAAGCAUUUCACUGUUGUAUUCGGCACAUGUGGCAAAUCUUUUUUUCUUUUAUUUGAAUGCACCGUAUGUGCUUAUUAUAGAUUAAGCUUAUUCCUGUACUUAAAAUAAUUCUCAGUGGAGAAGCUCCAUCGAAGGGCUUUUUAGUCCAGGACUAGGCUUCGUCUUUAUCUGGGAAACCAACCCUUAAUGUUUGGAGCUGAGAGAGGUUUUGGAUUAAAUAACCAUAUAAUUAUUUAUGGGCUCUGUUUGAAAGUAGACCCAAUUUAAACAAGUUAGUUUCAGUUGUUGUUUUGUCCUGGUGAAAGUGUAGUGUUGUAAAUUGCAUUUGUCAUGAGCCUCAAAGCCAAUCCUUAUUUAGCUAUAUCCCAAAGUGUAGGCAUUAUUUGUUCGCACAGUCUUCAAAAUAAUUGUGAUUCAGUAUGCUUUUAUCUUGAUGCAAGUCCGUAAGGUAUUACAAGAUCUGUGUUAUUUGUAUGUAUUUUGAUGGAUUGUUUUGUCUAUAUGCGCCAUACAUAAUUUCCUCAUUAGCGGAUAGCCUAAUAACGUUUUAGAAUCUAAUUCAAUCUCCUCAAAUGACAGGUCAACAUCAUCCCCAUCAUCGCCAAAUCAGACGCCAUCUCCAAGAGCGAGCUGACCAAGUUCAAGAUCAAGAUCACCAGUGAGCUGGUCAGCAACGGCGUUCAGAUCUACCAGUUCCCCACCGACGACGAGACGGUGGCAGAGAUCAACUCCACCAUGAACGUAAGCUAACCCUUCUCUGAUGCCGCUCAUUUUAGUUCAGUAGCAUUUCAGCAAAUUUGAUCAAUACAGACUUUUUAGUUAUAGUUGAGAACUAUAAGUAUGACUGACAUGGUUUGAUUAGGGAGAAAAUCAUAUAAUACGAUACUUGAUUGUCUGUUUUCAUGGAAGAUAUUUUUGUGAGGACAGGCACAUUACAAAACAAUAUACAUACAAUACAGUGGACAGAAUCAUUACAGUAGAUAUAGUUGUGUAUCUGUAACCCCUCAUGUGAGAAUCCUUUCACUAUGAGUUCUGGGUCAUUUAUUCAGUUAAUUCUCAGAACAACAUGCAACACUAGAACAGGAUACAAGCACCAUCUGUGUCCACACAGGGAGGGGACAGUACAGUCCAGGACAGUGUAGGACAAUCAGCUAGCUCUCGCUACAGGAAGCUCUCAGUGUGGGAAAGGGCCCCUGGCCACUGACAACAGGGCCAGGGCUAAAUGAGCGGACCAUGAGGAGUGACAAGCGAGUAGAGCAUGCCAAUGCUUCUGACUGAGCACUGAGCAGAACCCAGCUGAUUUGCGUUAGUCAAUUAGCUCUCGAGGCUCUCGCCCUCCGUUCUCACAAUGAUGCUUCCACUCUGGCAGAAAGGUCACCAACCCGACCACUUCAGUGAGAAGCACUCCCUGUUUAUGAAAAUGAGCUAUUGUUGUUGGAUGUAGGGAACGUAUAUCAAUUUGCUAUUGUAGGCCUAACUUGACAUGUCACAUAUAGUUCACUUUGUAAUUGGUUCACUCUGCAAUUGGUUUGCCUGUCAAGAGAUAUGCUCCAAUUUAUCCAAAUCUAAACAAAUAAAUAAUGAAGUUAUGUAAUAGAAUCCUUUCUUCCUUCGGCUCCGCAGGGCCAUUUGCCGUUCGCCGUUGUGGGAAGCACGGAGGAAGUAAAGAUCGGCAACAAGAUGGUGAAAGCGCGGCAGUACCCCUGGGGAACGGUGCAGGGUAAGCUAGGUCACGUAUCACAGAGGAAAUGAUAGGGGGAUCCUCCCGCCACCGUUUCCCUCCCACUCAACUCCCUAAACAACAGCAUUCAUACCGUCAAGAGGGAAUCCAUCACUGCUGCUUAUGUAAUCUCAUUCAUGUUUGUCUAUUUAACACUACAUGCCUCCACUCUUGCAUAAAUGUAUGACCAACAGCAGCUGUUGCUUGAGUCAUGUCACUUAGAUGGGGAGUAACCGAAUUCCAUGUCACAAAUGUUUGAGGAUUCUAUGGAUUUAUCGAUUUAUCGCGAAACAAGUCAGUAAUGCUUGAAAAGUGGUAGAUUGUGAAACCUGUGACGAUUAUCAGAGAAAGUCACUGACUUACCAUAGGAAGAUAAAUGUGAAAUGUCUCGUAUUCUCAGUAUAUCAAAUUAUAAGAUAUUAGAAUUAGAUGACACUUCCUCCAUAUCCCCACACCUUAUCAGCUGUCAAUUUGUAAUUUGGUUCCCUAUGGUGUGCUCGUACGUAUGUCGAUUUAGGCUGUGUGUGGAUACGUGGGGGGGUUGUAUGAACUAGCCUUGUCCUCACAUGGAACACAAAUACAAUAGUUGUGGCCCAAGGCUGUCUCUGACGUUGUGCUCCACGCUCUACUCAGUUCACUCUAUGGGGUGUCUGUGUCUGUGUGUGUGUGUUGUCGUCGGCAGUGGAGAAUGAGAACCACUGUGACUUUGUGAAGCUGCGGGAGAUGCUGAUCCGGGUGAACAUGGAGGACCUGCGGGAGCAGACCCACACGCGUCACUACGAGCUCUACCGCCGCUGCAAGCUGGAGGAGAUGGGCUUCAAGGACACGGACCCCGACUGCAAACCCUUCAGGUGCGGCUGUUUCCCUUCCUAUUUCCUCCUCGCUUCCAGUUUCCUCUUUACUCCCUACAUCCUUCCAAGACCGCGUCACAAUUCUCCACCCUGCACAUUUGCUGUCAUGGAUGUAGCUCGUUACACUUGUAUUCGGGUUGAAAAUGGCAGAUUUGGAUACUGAUAAGCGCCUAAAUUGGAACGCAGUGGCUGUACAGUAACAGAGCUCAGGGUCUCCACGUCACAGCGCUGUAUGGGUUUUGACUGACAGCUGUUCUGAACUUGAGCACCUCGCGCGUCAAGAAGUUCCCCCCAUCCCUCCCAAUAAUUGGGCAACUUUUGCAAAUGUUUUGUUGUCUGAAUGAGGGAAAAUCUUUAAAUUAAGAGGACUCAAUGUAUUUUGAAAGAUGAGACAUUGAGGAUUAUAAUAAAUACCGCUUUGAUGUCAUACAAGCAAGCCAAACACCUGUGAGUCCAAAUGUGCACUUCAUAUUUCCAUAUCAUAAAACUCAUGUCAUAUACAGGGUCAACGUUUAUGAUCACUAUGUUUGAUAUACAGUUACAAGUUGACAUGGCGUUAUACCCUGGGUUGUCCUGAACAGAAUGAGCCUAUGUUUGUUUUAUUGUGAAGAACGUUUGCAGUGGACCAUGCAUCUGAAUGCACUCAUGACUCCAUUCUAUGCGCACCAAAAUUACGAUCUGCUUCUCUGAAUUGCCUUGUGAAAGCCUAACACUGUAAGAUCGUAUUUAUAAUGGACAGAUUGCGAUUUAUAAUGGUCCAUUUUUGGAUUGUGUAAACAACAACAGUAAUUGUGUAAAGGCGGGAAUGCAGGGCUGUGUUCCAAACAAAACAACUACAAGUGUGCUUGCUCUAGUUCCUCAACGGCACAGCUAGGAGAGCUAAAAAAAAAACACAUAGUUGAAGACUCUUUGAGUCAUAAAAGUGCAUUGAAAUUACUUAGGAACUGAGCACACUUUGGAGAGGUGUGUGGCCACUUGGAAACACCAGUUAGACCUCUCACUCAAACCUGUGUCAUUUUUCUGUCUUAUGUUGCACCUACCCCACAUUUUCCAAGAAUAUUCUUAUCAUGUCAUUGAAUGUAUCCAGAGUAUUUGCAGAUUUCGUUAUCAACAAAUGUGCCGAAAAGUACAGUAAAUGUUAAAUGCAGAUAAAACCAACAGUGUAAUGUUUGGAUUCAGUCUUGUGUCAACUGUUGUGUCCUCACUUUUAGUCUAAUAAUUUUCCCAGAAUCUCCAAACUGUUCCCUUUUAAUUGCUACCAUGGUUAUUUCUUCUGUAAGAAACAUUUCAAUUUAGCCCUAUCCAAAUAGGCCAAUUCCCACGAGUGUAAGGUUUUUUUAACAAUGGUUGAAACUCCCUCAAGCCAAUGCUAACAUCAUUUCAGUGCUUUAAAAUCCACGCCAAGGAGUGUGCACUACUUUCCACUUCCUACCACCCCCUUAGUUAAUGAAAAUCACUUGUUGCAUUCUGAUUUCAAUUACACUCUGCUGUAAUUCACUGUAAUGUGAAUGUAGCGACAUAGUUCGAACAUGUGUAACUUAAUUUAUGACUUUCCUCUUUCUGUGUGGACCCCAGUCUGCAGGAGACGUACGAGGCCAAGAGGAACGAGUUCAUGGGCGACCUGCAGAAGAAGGAGGAGGAGAUGAGGCAGAUGUUUGUCCAGAGAGUCAAGGAAAAGGAAGCCGAACUGAAGGAGGCAGAGAAAGAGGUGUGUGUGUGUGUGUGUGUACAGGAAGGUUUCUCCAUUACCAGUUAAUGCUUUAAUUCUGCCACAUCAUCACCAAUCCUACCAACCUAACAAGAACUAGGGUUACAUGUGCGACAUCUCUAUUUGUACUCAAAGCUACAGAUACAUUUACAUCAGAUGCCACACCUUUUAAAUGAGUUUCUAUCUAAGACGUGAGUUAUCUCCCACGCCACACAGCUGCACGAGAAGUUUGACCGGCUCAAGAAGCUGCACCAGGAUGAGAAGAAGAAGCUGGAGGACAAGAAGAAAUCGCUGGAUGACGAGCUCAACGGCUUCAAGCAGAAAAAGACGGCCGCCGAGCUCCUGCAGUCCCAGGCCCAGCAGGCAGGGGGCUCCACCACACUCAAGAGGGACAAGGAGAGGAAAAAGUAAGUAUCUCCUUCCACAUUCACCUCCCUCCUCCUCACACAGCAGGCAGUGUUCAGGGUCAUGUUCAUUAGGCACCCAAACGGAAGAGAACGGACCGAAACAGGGAGAGACUACCUGGACUUGUCAAAUGAGAAACGCUCAUUUUCAUGUUCCAUUGCGAAACGUUUUAACACGUUUUCUGUUGCGUGAACACCACCCAGCUAUCCUUGAGGAUUCCUUAGGGAUACUGGACCGGAGCAUUCUGGAUGUUACAACCUGAUCUAGGAGGAACAAAGAACAACUGGAUAAAUUGUCACUAUAGUGUUUUCUAGGCAGGGCGCAAAUGCCCCCAAAUCAACAUUUAGGGCCUCAUUAACCAAAAUGAGGGGUGCCCACCUAAACAAUAAUAUAGGAAACACUAGGUCAUUAAUUCCACUUAGAAUUCCACUUAGAAUGCCAUCUCUAAAUGAUAUUUACUCAACAUAGUGAGUAAAUGUAUUACUGUCCCUCCCUAUGUAUAUUUGGUGAUACAGAGGAUUUACUAAUGAAAAUAUAAAUGAUGUAUGUAUGUGGAGCACUUUACUGGUGCACGAUGCUGUACACUGUUGUUGCAAAAGCUGCACCUCAGAUAUGAAGAUGCCUGGCACACACCACACGGAAACAAAUGACAAACUCAUUAAUCAAAGCUUUCAUUUGCCUUAUGUCGAUGCAUUUCUAGGAACUCUUUGCCUGACCACCGCUUUGGCUUGUCCCAUUAAUGUCACCGAGCAUUGAGUGGUUUCUCUCCCCAGUCUAAUGGAUUAGCGAUAACCAACGAGCUGACUCUGGUUACAUUGAAAUGGAGGAGCAAUAGAUGUAGAGAUGCUCCCUAAGGCUUAGUUUAGCAGUCUAGCAAGCGUUUGCUCUCAAGCCUUUAGAACUAUGGUAUAGAGGUGGACUUGCUAUUUUUCUCCCCCAAAAUGAACACGAAUAUGCACCAGAAAUUAGGAUCACUGUCACUUUUAAUAUGAUUUUAGAUUGUUUUCUAUAUAUCUUUAUCACACAGAGGACUAUAGUUAGUAAUAUCCUCAACCCUACUCUAGUCCUCAACGUAAACCAGAUUAAUCUAGAUUAGAUGUAGUAUUACAGUAAUCUGAUUGUAUUGACCCCAGGCUAGUGACACUGCUGGUAUAGGCCUAUAUCCCAUAGGAAUGUUGGUUAAGUCAUUGUGACAGUUUGUUUUACCUUUAGUAUCGGGCUACUGUAGUAGGGCCGUGUUGACAGUUAGAUAGGUUGUUGACGUGGGUCCCUUCAUGUUGGUAAUCACUCCUGGUUGUGUAUUCAAACUGAUGUGAGCCCUGCCACCUGCCCUGUUAGAAAGGACGAAGACACUUGCACUGAGAAAGGUUCUUUUUUUUAUUCUAAAUUAUUGUCUUUACAGUUCUUCUGUCAUUUCUCUCCGCUAUCUCUGAACUCUGUAGUUUUUCCUCCUCACAGGGUUCUCUUCACUCUCCAUCCCUUUCACUUAAUGUUUCUGGGUGACUGAUCAAAACAUUAUUGGCCAGUUUCCCGGACACAGAUUAAGCAUUGACCUAGACUAAAAGCCUAGCUUAGUCUUGUCUGAGAAACCGGCCCUAUGAAUGCUAGUUAGUACUUCAUCAUUUGCUUAACCUUUGAAUCCCAAACUUGGCCUCUCUAUUUCCUUAUCUUGUUCAAAACAUAAGCCUGUAGAUAGCUUGGGCUACAAAACAAUGUUUUAUUCAGUCACCAAAGGACAUGAGCAUGGCAUGUUUUAAUGAGUGGUGUAGAUGUGACAUGGAGAAUGUGUAUGUGCUGACGCAUUCAAGACAACUCGGAACUCGGAAACUCAAAUGUCCUUGGAAACUCGUUGUAGAAAGAUAAGGACCGAGUUUCCCACUUGGAAAAUAUCUGAAUCAACCAAUAGAGGUUCCAAGUUUUUGAGUUGUCUUGAAUGCACCAUAUGUCUCCCAUGAGUGCAUGUGUCACCUAUGUUGCAUCCAUGCUGUUUUACAGUUAACUCCUCCCCCACUUGCUGCAUGCUGCAUGAGACAUCUUGUCCUGGUAAGGCAUGCUCACUCAACUGUUCCCCUGGUAACCAAUGACAAAAAGCACAUCGAUCGAGAUAUAUAUAUAUUUAUUUUUUGACAUGUAAAUCAGAUGUCAGUUAAACACAUAUUUGAACUUAAAUGAGAAGGACAAGGAAGUCCUCAAAUGUAAUUACUUUUUCAAAUUGAUUUAAAUAAGUCUUAACUUCUAGCAGCUGUUAGAAAUACAGGCAACAUCUGUACAGUAGGCCUACUUUCAAUACAUAUUAGUUCACAUUUUAUACUAAUCAGACCUGGGUUCAAAUAUAUGUGUAUUUGAGUAUCUGGUAUUUCAAAUACUUUUUUCUGUGUAUUGGAGUAUUUUCAAAUACAUAGCCCAAGUACUUUUAUUUAAGUAUUUUAAUUGUUAUUUGUAAAAAACAAAUAGUCUACCAAAUAGUUUUUGAGAGCAUUUUCAAAUACUAUUUUCAAAUACACUACAUGACCCAAGGUAUGUGGACACCUGCUCGUCGAACAUCUCAUUCCAAAAUCAUGGGCAUUAAUAUGGAGUUGGUCCCCCCCCUUUGCUGCUAUAACAGCCUCCACUCUUCUGGGAAGGCUUUCCACUAGAUGUUGGAACAUUACUGCGGGGACUUGCUUCCAUUCAGCCACAAGCAUUGGUGAGAUCGGGCACUGAUGUUGGGCGAUUAGGCCUGGCUCGCAUUCAGCGUUCCAAUUCAUCCCAAAGGUGUUCGAUGGGGUUGAGGUCAGGGCUCUGUACAGGCCAGUCAAGUUAUUCCACACCAAUCUCGACAAACCAUUUCUGUAUGGACGUCGCUUUGUGCACGGGGGCAUUGUCAUGCUGAAACAGGAAAGGGCCUUCCCCAAACUGUUGGCACAAAUCUGGAAGCACAGGAUUGUCUAGAAUGUUAUUGUAUGCUGUAGCAUUAAGAUUUCCCUUCACUGGAACUAAGGGACCUAGCCAGAACCAUGAAAAACAGACCCCAGACCAUUGUUCCUCCUCCACCAAACUUUACAGUUGGCACUAUGCAUUGGGGCAGGUAGUGUUCUCCUGGCAUCCGCCAAACCCAGAUUCGUCCGCCGGAUUGCCAGAUGGUGAAGCGUGAUUCAUCACUUCAGAGAACGCGUUUCCACUGCUCCAGAGUCCAAUGGCUGUAGGCUUUACACCACUCCAGCCAACACUUGGCAUUGCGCAUGGUGAUCUUAGACUUGAGUCUGCUCGGCCAUGGAAACCCAUUUCAUGAAGCUCCCAACGAACAGUUAUUGUACUGACGUUGUUUCCAGAGGCAGUUUGGAACUCAGUAGUGAGUGUUGCAAGUUUGGUGGAGGAGGAAUAAUGGUCUGGGGCUGUUUUUCAUGGUUCGGCUAGGCCCCUUAGUUCCAGUGAAGGGAAAUCUUAACGCUACAGCAUACAAUGACAUACUGUGCUUCCAACUUUGUGGCAACAGUUUGGGGAAGGCCCUUUCCUGUUUCUGCAUGACAAUGCCCCCGUGCACAAAACGAGGUCCAUACAGAAAUGGUUUGUCGAGAUUGGUGUGGAAGAACUUGACUGGCCUGCACAGAGCCCUGACCUCAACAUACUGCACAGAGCCCUGACAUACUUUUGGUCAUUUAGUGUACAUUAAAAUAUUCAACUUGUCUUUUCAAAUAAAAUAUAUCUGAAUACUUACUUUGAAUGUAUGUGAAAGUUAUUGAGAUAUUUAAAACAGUAUUUGAACGCAGGUCUGAUACUAAUUCAAUGCAUCAAAUCUUUGUAACAAAUCAUAUGUAACAUUUAUAGUGUUGGUACAUUUUAUUAAUGUCUGUAUCCACCCAUGGCUUAUCUGAAGAUGACAUCACUGCCGCAGCAGUGGAUCAUGUCCUGUGGUUGGCUGUGCCCGUGCCAGCCUCUAAAAGAGUCUCAAAUUAAAUCACCACGUUUAUCAGCCCCUGUCUGAUGUGCUGCCCCAUCUGCCCUCUGAAACCACAACAAUCUGCUUUUGUGGUCCACCCCUGCCCUUCCCGGCCCUGCCUAGCCACUACACAAAGAGCAUUCAGAGAGAGCUCAGCAGACACUGCAGGAUCGCGCUAGUCCGCCGUUCAGCCUUAGAGCCAAUUCUUGUGUAUGGGGAUUGUUUAUAUAAUUUUUUUGUUGAUCCUUCAGCUAUUUGACACCUAGCUGUUUGUUGAGAAAAAAGAACAACAAUGAGAGCUACGCUAUUUGUACAGAUUCAGCCAUAGGGGAGAGCGGGUGGGAUAGGAAGACAUCUGUCUUGCUAUCUGUAAACUGCUGCUCCUGGGCUGGCUCAUCUUCAAGACCUUUUAGUUAAAUGUGAUGAAAAACAGCCUGCUGUCUCAGCGUUGCUGUGUCAUUCUGGACUACGGUCACAGGAAAUGAGCAGUGUGAAAUGAACAGACAAAUCAACCAUAGAGACAGACUGCAUUUUUCUAAGGCCCUGUAGAAGCAACUUGAGAAUGGAUCGGUGAAUUAUUAUAAUAGUCAAUUCAGGAUAAAUUAUCAAGUUUGUAAUAAUCAUGUAUCCCUCCCUAGUUAAUCUCGGAAACAAAAAUGUUGCUAGCUAGCAACGUUUUUAUUCAUUUAUUUCCACUAGACGAUUUACCGUGGUUAACAUUGACGUGUUAGUCCAUUAGGUAAGUAGCCUUACACAAGGCCCGAAUGGCUAAUAGGAGCAGGAGCCUAUCUCCUGUUACUGUAGAAUGAGGCAGCUUGAUGUACAAGGACACCCCCUGGACAGGACGCUAGUUUAUCGCAGGACCUUACCUCCAAUAUAUCUCCUUAAUGCUGAGUGCCAAGCAGAGACUCAUCGGGUCCCAUUUUUACAGUCCUUGGUAUGACUCGGACAGGAACUCCAAACCUUCUAAUCUCAGGGUGGACGCUCUAACCACAAGGCCACUGAUUUGGUGUGUUAGGCUAUUAGCCUACCAAAUACAUUUUGUUUCAACAGAUACUCUAAAUCUCCCCACCUCUGUCUUAUUAACAGUAACAACCUUAACACAUGUUCCUUUCGACAUUACAUUUGACCAAUAACGUGAAUGAUUCUGUCAUUUGAUUAACAAGUAUGUCUACUAGUGUUGUUAACGCGUAAUGGUCCUUUUCUCUAUUUCCAGUUCAGGAUUCCUGUAGAAAAGUGCUCCCUCCCUCAGCCAGCUGUGAAUGAGUUUUCACCCCAUCCUUGGCAGUGCCAUGCUGUUCUCUGUGCCCUCCUGUCCUCCCUCUUUCCCCCUUUCCCCCAUUCCCAAACCCCACACAUGUCCCUGCUCUGAGGAAGAAUCCAGCCAUUACUGUGAAUAGGAAUCCUUGACUCGAACGCAUGCUUAUUUUGUACGUUUUUACAAGCCAUCAUUCUGCGUUUGCCUGUUUAUUUUUUUAUGUUGGAAAGUAGACAUUCUCUUUUUGUUGACCUGUUCCGCAUGAUUGAGUGUGCUUUUAACUUUAACAUGCGCAACUACUGUUGACGGGCAGGAGUUUGUGGAGGCUAAGGUGAAACGCACAUCAGCUAUGGUCUGACCAAGCGAGUGGUGUGUGGCGUGUAAUCCGUGCUCAUUACAUAGACUUAGCAGGGGUAGCAUAUUGACAUUCAUGUUUCAUACUACCACUAUUCUACUCACUCCAACGGUAUCCUAAACCACUUGAGAUUAUGAAGAUGUGCACUGAUAUCGUAUUGGUAUACAAUGCAUAAUUUAUUGAAAAUAAAGACACAAUCGUAGUAUGUUUUAAAUGAGGGCAUGUUGUCCACCGCCCAUCGAGAGUAGCCUGGUCCCAGAUCUGUUUGUGCUUUUGCCUACUCCAAACAUGGCAUGACUAUGAGUGACAGGGAGUUGGCAUGAUAGCGCAAACAAACUGGCGCUGAAGCUAUGAAGACUGUGAGUGUUAAUAGUCAACUGCUGAUGUUAUUUCAUCUUAGCCUGGUGCAUGUGCAGAUAUGAAUGCUUUCUUGUCAUCUCUUUGCCAUACCUCAUUGUUUUUAAUAAAUGUUAUGCUAUCUGCAUACUUAUUAGCUUUUCACAUUUACACAUUUUACACAAAUGUGAUUUUGUAUAUUUCUAGUGCAAUUGUGACCUUUUGAUAAAAAUAAAAUAAAUACAUUUAAAAGCACAUUUUAAGCCAUUUAAACAAAUAACAUUCAUGUAGGGAUCAGUAUUCCACUUGUAUCAGUGUUACACAAAAAUACUUAAUAUCCAAAGGAAAUAAAGGGUGAAUUUAACCAAAUAUUUCAGCUGUGGCCACGAUUAUUGUGUAUGAAAUGUAUAAUGAAGCAGUAUUUUAAACAUACAGGAUGUGAGUGGGUUCUGAACGUGAUGAUAUUAGGGUUUCACAUAGAUUCUAAUAACAGUUGAAAACACUGUAUUUGGUCUAGAUAUUUAACUCAUUCAAGGGCUUUGAGAUAUCACGCCAUUGUUAUUGUCAAAACAACUCUCCUUACAGAGCUGUACAGAGCGAAAUUGUCUGCGAACCUGAAUUCAUAGGGCUGGAUCCUGACUUGGACUUUCGCAUUAAUUAUGCAUUGAAGUCAAUAGGACACUUGCAUUUAAGUUAGGUGCACAAAUGUCAAGUUAGUAUUCAGCCUUAUAGUGCUGCACUGCUUUUGUCCAAACAGACAAGCAGUCAUUCUCAAUUCCUCCUAGAGAAACAAGAUUGGAACACUCCUUUGUUUGGCAGAUGAGUUUGAGCGCCAAUGAGAUUGUGGUUUCUAUUUUCAACUCGACUUCCUUCACAUCUGUGUCUUGAGGACAGGAUGUUUUAUCAGAAAAAUAUUUAGUACAACCACCACACCACCCUCCAAAAACAUGUCUAUGUCCUUGCUCAAUAUAAUCGACAUGCCUUUGUACGGUGACAAAGGUCGGACAGUUGGUCUGAUGAGUCAAAUGUCCACAGAUAUAGGCAUUUUGUUUUCGUCUAAAUGUAUUGAAAUGAGUCGCUUGCGUACUUACACAUUAUUAUGCAGGGGUGUAGUAGGUAUGGUUUACAACUUCUCACAAUCCCUUCUCAAGUUGCUCUUUGUCUCAAUGUCUCUGGGGAACUGUUGUCCUAAGCUCAAUGGGUUGGCAGGGUGUGCCUUGGUGUGUUGUGUCAUUCAUACAAACUGUGCUUUAGUUCCCCUGCUCACUGCUCUGUGUGUAUUUACCUUUCCUUUGCAGUAAUCCCUGGCUCUGCACUGAGUAGGUGCUUCCACCCUCAAGCUUUGCUAAGGGACCAGGCUUUGUGGGUAGCAGGUACCCCAAGGCUGAGGAGAGGCAUUGUGACCCCACCCUUCUGGGUUAAAAAACAAACAUUCAUUUGCUUUAUGUAUUAACAAAAGAAUACCCCUAUCUGUAUUUCAUUGCUUCUCAAUGUGCUCGCUGUGUGGCUAAAUCUGUCUUUUACCUAUGGCUAUGCUUUUUUUGUCAUGUCGUGUUUUUGCGGUGCUGACUUUGACUAAUAUCACCAUUUGCGUUUUGCUUCUAUAGGGAUAGAUAUUUAGGGUCCAUGUUUUUGUUGUGUACUUCACUUGGUAGUUUUUCCAUCAUUAUUAGGUUUAAGAUCGUCUGUUUGAUUUAUUAACUGACACUGACUACCUUUUUUGUAUUUACAGAGAACAUAAUAUCUGCUGCGAGCAGUUCUCAAUGAGACUUAAUAAACAAUUUAUUCAAUGUUUUAAAUCAGUAUUAUGCUCAAAUUGAAUUGGUCAACUCAAGUACUGUAGUAUGUUAUUAUAUUAGUAGCUAUUUUUAGCUUACAACACGGACAUUGCAUUUGUAACAGAGUUAGUGUCAGUAACCCUUGUUUCUUAUUUAUCUUGAACCUUGCCUUCUGGUAGGCACUGUUGCUUUCCCUGACUGCUUGGGCAUCUCUUGUAACCUUGCAUUUGUCUCCUUUCUCUCUAGCUUCUUUUAAUCUGUCUUGGCCACAUGUCUGAAGAGGGGAUUGCAGCUUCAACAAGAACUAAGCACCCAUUUCCUCUUCCUGUCUUUUCUCACUGCAUCAACCUUUUUUAACUUCCAUCUCAUCUGCUUUGUUGAACAUGGCCAUAUGUGGGCUUCACAUGGUAUUUUUUGGAUAGUUUACGUUUUGUCACCUAAUCAAGGUACACUUUGGCAAGUGGGAGUCCUUCACUCUUUAAUAUUUUGCAGAUCUGUCUUGGUGUAUGAAUGAACAAAGCUGUGCUCAGGUAGGAUUCUAAACGGUUGUUCAAGAGAAAAACAUCUAAUCAAUAGUUUCAUCAUACCAUUUGUGACAGAGCCAAGACUCUGGAUUAAUGUAUAUUGAAAUACAGUAUUCUUUGUUCACAGCAUAGAUUGUUUCAUUGCAACUUAGAAGAGCCAAAGACAUAUUCAUGUCAAGCACUUAUUUAGUGAAAACACCUUUUCUGUACUGAAAUACCAUGUAGGUCACAUUUAAUGCCCUUUAUGCAUUGUGCUUUAACUACCAUCAACCUAUUCUGUAUUUUGCAUGUCUUAUGCUCUUUUUUUUAAAAUUUCAUCACCUCUGUGAUUUUGACCUUUUGCUCCACAUAGUUGUUUUCUCCCCUAACAGUUCCGUUUUGCACUCUUUCACAUUAGAUUGUUUGGACCAGUUUUAUCUUGUGUAUUACUACUUGUAAUGUGCAGUUUACACCCCUCUCCACAAUUUGUGGCACCCAUAUUGCCAAAUAUUACAAUGAGAUGGAGUUGAAUGCUAGAUACAGAUAGAUACUCAUGCAUUUGUAUAAUUUAUAAGGAUAUAUUUUGUGUAUUGAAGUGGAGACCUGUUUAUGAAAUAUGAUCUUUGGACGUGACUCUUCUCUCUGUGUAAAGUUACAUUUUGGCGUAAGAAGUUGCCAUACAUUUUUCUAUCGUCUGACAUAAUCACCCCUCCCUAGUCAAUUACUUGUCCACACCACAAAUUAAUGAUAAAAUACGUGAUUGUAGUUUGAUUCCAUUGAUGUACAUUUUCAAUAAAAUUAUGAAGAUAAA